CGCGCCCGCGCCGCCCCGGGUCCCGCGGCCCGGCCGGCCGCCCGCGCCGCUGCGAGCCGCCCAUGGUGCAGCGCAUGUGGGCCGAGGCGGCCGGGCCUGCGGGCGGCGCCGAGCCGCUGUUUCCGGGCUCCCGGCGGAGCCGCAGCGUGUGGGACGCCGUGCGCCUGGAGGUGGGCGGCCCCGACAGCUGCCCGGUGGUGCUGCACAGUUUCACGCAGCUGGACCCCGACCUGCCGCGCCUGGAGAGCUCCACGCAGGAGAUUGGCGAAGAGCUGGUCAACGGGGUCAUCUACUCCAUCUCCCUGCGCAAGGUUCAGGUGCACCACGGCGCCAACAAGGGCCAGCGCUGGCUCGGGUAUGAAAAUGAGUCGGCCCUGAACCUGUAUGAGACCUGCAAGGUGCGGACCGUGAAGGCAGGCACGCUGGAGAAGCUGGUGGAGCACCUGGUGCCCGCCUUCCAGGGCAGCGACCUCUCCUAUGUCACCAUCUUCCUGUGCACCUACCGAGCCUUCACCACCACCCAGCGGGUCCUGGACCUGCUGUUCCAAAGGUACGGUAGAUGUGACGCUCUCACGGCCUCCUCUAGAUACGGGUGCAUCCUGCCUUAUUCCAGCGUGGACGGCGGACCUCAGGACCAACUGAAAAAUGCCGUCUCCUCCAUCCUGGGCACCUGGCUGGACCAGUACUCCGAGGACUUUUGUCAGCCCCCGGACUUCCCCUGCCUCAAGCAGCUGGUGGCCUACGUGCAGCUCAACAUGCCUGGCUCCGACCUGGAGCGCCGGGCCCGCCUCCUCCUGGCCCAGCUGGAGCACACGGAGCUCACCAAGGCAGAGCCGGAGGGUCUGUCUCCAGCUCCGAAACCAACUCCAGCCCUAGAGCCAGUGCCAGCACCAGCUCUAGCACCCAGGCCGGUGCCAGGUCCAGACCUUGAGCCGGUGCCAGGUCCAGACCUCGAGCCGGUGCCAGGUCCAGACCUCGAGCCAGCUCUGGCACCAGCACCAGCACCAGCUCCAGAGCUGGAGCCGGCUCUCUCGCAGACUCUAGAGCUCGGGCCAGCUCCAGCCCCAGAGCCUUCCUGGCCUUCGCCUGUGGCUGCAGAGAACGGGCUGGGUGAGGAGAAGCCUCACCUCCUGGCAUUCCCGCCCGACCUGGUGGCAGAGCAGUUCACGCUGAUGGACGCGGAGCUGUUCAAGAAGGUGGUGCCCUACCACUGCCUGGGCUCCAUCUGGUCCCAGCGGGACAAGAGGGGCAAGGAGCACCUGGCUCCCACCGUCCGUGCCACCGUCGCCCAGUUCAACAGUGUGGCCAACUGCGUCAUCACCACCUGCCUCGGGGACCGGAACGUGACGGCCCGUGCCAGGGCCAGGGUGGUAGAGCACUGGAUCGAGGUGGCCAGGGAGUGCCGGGUCCUCAAGAACUUUUCGUCCCUCUACGCCAUCCUCUCUGCUCUGCAGAGCAACUCCAUCCACCGGCUGAAGAAGACGUGGGAAGAAGUUUCCAGGGACAGCGUCCGCAUCUUUCAGAAGCUGUCGGAGAUUUUCUCAGAUGAGAACAACUACUCCCUAAGCAGAGAGCUGCUCAUCAAGGAGGGGACCUCCAAGUUUGCCACCCUGGAGAUGAACCCCAAGAGAGCCCAGAGGCGGCCGAAGGAGGUGUUGUCACAGGGUGUCAUCCAGGGCACCGUUCCCUACCUGGGCACGUUCCUCACAGACCUGGUGAUGCUGGACACCGCAAUGAAGGACUAUCUGUAUGGGAGACUGAUCAACUUCGAGAAGAGGAGGAAGGAAUUCGAAGUGAUCGCCCAGAUCAAGCUGCUCCAGUCGGCCUGCAACAAUUACAGCAUCGCACCCGAAGAGCACUUUGGGGCCUGGUUCCGGGCUAUGGAGCGGCUCAGCGAAGCUGACAGCUACACCUUGUCGUGUGAGCUGGAGCCCCCUUCCGAGUCGGCCAGCAACACCCUCAAGGUCAAGAAGAACACAGCCAUCGUCAAGCGCUGGAGCGACCGCCAGGCCCCCAGCACGGAGCUCAGUACCAGCAGCAGCUGCCACUCCAAGUCCUGUGACCAGCUCAGGUGCGGCCCCUACCUCAGCAGCGGGGACAUUGCCGACGCACUCAGUGUCCACUCGGCCGGCUCCUCGAGCUCCGAUGUGGAGGAGAUCAACAUGAGCUUUGUCCCAGAGUCCCCUGACGGCCAGGAGAAGAAGUUCUGGGAGUCCACCUCCCAGUCGUCCCCGGAGACCUCCGGCAUCAGCUCGGCCUCCAGCAGCACCUCCUCCUCCUCAGCCUCCACCACGCCCGUGGCCACCACGCGCACCCACAAGCGCUCCGUGUCGGGGGUCUGCAGCUGCAGCUCCGCGCUGCCCCUCUACAACCAGCAGGUGGGCGACUGCUGCAUCAUCCGGGUGAGCCUGGACGUGGACAAUGGCAACAUGUACAAGAGCAUCCUGGUGACCAGCCAAGACAAGGCUCCAGCUGUAAUCCGCAAAGCCAUGGACAAACACAACCUAGACGCGGAUGAGCCGGAAGACUACGAGCUGGUGCAGGUUAUCUCGGAUGAUCGAAAGCUGAAGAUCCCUGACAACGCCAAUGUGUUCUACGCCAUGAACUCUACUGCCAACUAUGACUUUGUCCUAAAGAAACGGACCUUCACCAAGGGGGCAAAGGUCAGGCAUGGAGCCAGCUCUACCCUCCCCCGCAUGAAGCAGAAGGGACUCAAGAUUGCCAAGGGCAUCUUCUAACUUGUCCCUAGCUGGCCAGCCACAGAGCUGCCCUUUCCAGGGUCUAGCUGGCUGGGCAACUAAGCACUUACAGACUGCAGUGGCUCAGGCCAGGUGGGCACCUGUGCCCAACCUGCCAGCCCAGGCCACCCCCAGACUCCAGUUUCCCCCUGAACCUCUCCUGCUGCCGGGAUUGAUGCCUGCCAGUCGAUGGGCUGACCUGGCCUCCCGUGGACCACUCGCUGCCUUAGGUGCCUUCUGCUUUCCGGAACCAGAGGACUAGCUGACUUUUGCCAAGGAGCACUGCCAAUGGGCACGGAGCCCUGCGUGCCGCCGGGCACUGCCCUCCGUAUACUUCCCUCACACCUUGCCAGGUGUGGGCCACUGCCACCUGUGCCCAUGGGCACCCCAGGGCAUCACUCAUCCACCGGGUCUGACCACUGCAGUUCUCUCCUCCCACCAUUGUGGCCUUCCUCAGGCUGCACCAAAGAUUCCAUCAUCAGGGCCAACUGAAAGUGAGGGAGUCUCGCCCACUGCCCACUCCAGCCCUCCCCUGGCAGAGGAGAGAGACACCCCCUUCACGGACCACACUCUUAACCGGUGAGUGAGGACGGUCUCGGCCCAGUCCCACUGAUGUCAGAUUUCAUGACACUGCAAGUGCCAUUCACCACUGCAUCCUGGGCUUUACGAGACCACACGAGACGGGGAUUGGUGGGAAAGGAGGUUUUCGGGGGGAGGGGAGGGGGAUUGAAUAUUUGUAUAAAAGGUGAAAAAAAAUGUUUACCAGUUGGGGAGGGGCAAUAUUUAUUUGUUGUAAAUAGCAAAUGCUAGACUUG